UGCAAAUUAUAUCAUGUAUAUAUUGUAUGUUAUUCUUUCUUAAGCUAUAAAUAUUGGUGCUAUUUAGGUUUGUCAUACUAGUAUUAAGUAUCUUUAAUUUCUUAGGUUAAUUAGUUGAUAAAUCUUCUUUAAUUUUUUUUUACUUCAUUUUCUUUUUAUGUUGUGGCAAUUGUUUAUUACAUAACACAUGACAUUGAAACUUAUUUAUAUCACAAAUUCUUUUAUUCUACCCCUUAAUUUUAAAUUAUUAAGUUCAGAUUUAUUUGUUAAACAAUCAAAGUACAAUUUUUAAAAUUUUAAAAUUUCAGAUAACAACAUAUUACAUUGAAAAGAAUCAAUCACGAAGAACAAUUCAAAUAUUAUUCGCCAUUUAAAUAUAUUCCUUACACAUAAAAUAGACUAGACAGCAAUAAUUUAAAAAUAUACGACUUUUUAUAGCAUCAUACUAUAUGUAAUCUCAAUUUCAAUUUGUCAAUUCAUAACUUUCUAUUGUAACAUGCCAGAGAUGAUUCAAUAUCUCUUUUUUCUGGCCUUCUAUGUUCCCACAAUCAUAUUAUAAAAACAUUGACUAAAUGUACCAUUUGUUUGUAUGUCUAACCCUCCUUUUGGAAGUCCCCUCUAUAGUGAGGAAGAUGACUUCUCUUUCCCUUGUCAACCACUAUAUGAUGAUGAUAAUAAUAAUCCCAUCAAUUUCCCACCUCUUAUUCAAGAUCAAAACACAAAUUUGCCCAAUACAUCAUCACAACCCAUGUUAGAAUACCAAGAUUUAAGCAUGUUUUUACAAGAUCAUGAUCAAGAUUAUGCACUAAUAGGGCAAUAUGAUGAUCCUAACAUACAGGAAACAAUCAAUUGGCCAAUUAGUCCAAUUGAACAAGUGGGUCCUAGUAAGGUUGUUGUUGAGGAUUCUUCUCUUGGGUAUCAUGAUAUGCAAUACUAUGGGCCCGCCACCGCUACCGCCAUCGCCACAACCACCGCAACCACCACCACCGGUGAUCGAACGGCUGCUGCCGUUGGAGGUGGUGUUGGAGAAGGAUCAACAAGCAAGAAACUUGAUCAUAAUGCUAAGGAAAAAGUUAGGAGAUUGAAGCUUAAUGAAACAUAUUUGACACUUCGUUCCUUGCUCCCGGAUUCUAGACGAGCUAAGAAGAAAUGGAGUGCACCAUAUAUAAUAGAUAGAGCCCUUGAAUACGUCCCCCAGCUUCAAGCCGAGAUAGAGAAAUUAACACUUGAGAAGAACAACAUGCUAUCGGUGCUAGGAAAGAAGCAACGACAAAUCGAUGUAGGUAGAGAUGAUCAUGAAUCUAACAAAGUUAACAAGACAUUAACAGUGUCUAUAAAUGAAGUAAAAAGAGGUGAAGUAAUAGUCCAAAUUUGUGAACAUAAUAACAAAGUUGGUACGGUGUCCAAUUUGAUUGGGAAACUAGAAGGCCAAGGCAUGCAAAUCCUUGGUGCCUCUUCUCAACAUGCAUGUCAAGAUAGAUCAUGCUUCCAUCUUCAUGUUCAGAUGGGUGAAAAACCGGUAGAAGAAGACUAUGUUGCAGUAUUAUACAAGAAGAUCAUAUCAUGGUUGUCUUAGUAUAACCAACGAAAGUUCUCGAUACAAAAUUUUAUCAUCCCGAUGCAAAGAUUAUUGAAACGUGCUUAACAGAGUUCUUAAUCUCCACAUAGGAGCAAAAACGCACACUCACAUAGAAAAUUAACAUAGUAUUAUUUUUUGGACUAAUAACGAAAAAAAUUUAAGAGCGUAAGAUGAAAUUUUGUUCUCGAAAUUAUUACAAAUAUGAUCAUUCAUUAAGUUUAUUUGUAAGCAUUCGCUAUCAUUCUUGAGGUGUUUAGUUCCUUUAGUUUUUGCGGGAUUUUGUAUUUGGAAUUAACACAAACAUUUUAACAUCAAACUAUAGUUUUUGGCCUAUUAUUAUAUUGUAUUAUAACAUCAAACUAUAGUUAUAGUUAUUAUUUUAGUAUUUCACUCGAAAAUAUAGUUAGAGUGGGAAAAAUAACAAAUAAUUCACACCCAUACUCCCUCCUGAGAGGGUAAAGAGUAAUAUAGUCAAUAAUACUCCAAAUAGAUCAGAGAGCCCUACACAUAGGGAGAUAUAAGUAACAUUCAGUGCUUAUGAGCAAAACUACUUAUAAAUCACAACACAAGCUAAAUUAAGAAUGAAUUAUUUGAAUCGUUACAGCUUUACAGUUCAGCUAUUAUAUUUUUACAAAUUGCAAUAUGCGAAUCAUGCAUUAUACAAGAAUCUCCAAUUUGGUUACAAAUUAAGUGUAUUUUCUUAGGUCUUUCUUUUGUGACUAGAGGCUUAGAACAAUCUAAUACUUUUAUGUAGUACUCUUUUCGUUUCGUGUUAUUUGUUACAUUUUGACCAAUAUAUUAAAAAUUUAACAAAUAAUAUGAAACAAAGGGACUAUAUACUUUCUUCCCCUUAUUAUUGUCUGCUUGGCUGCUAUUAGACGAAGUCUUACCGAUAAUUUUAUAGUUAAUCACUUAAUUAAUUGCAUUGAUUAUUGUCUUUCAAUUAGAAAAAUGUCACAUAAAAAUCAUUAUGUUUCAACUUGAUUCAAAGAAAUCAAUCCAUAUAUGGCCAAUGGGCCUCUUACCUUUGGAGGAAACAAUCAUCUAAGACUUAUUCUACACUCUUGAAAUUGUCAUUAAAGAAUGUGUAUGAUUUUGUGUCCAAAGUGAAUAGUAUUAAAUUGGACUUGGGACAAAGCCAGUUCAACUCCUUACAACAAUGGGCCUCAUAUGACCUAUUACAUCUAUUUUAAAACUUUCUUUUGAUUUUAGUUUUUUUGACUAAGGGAGGAGUAGGCUAAGGCCGGCAGGGCUGAGUAAAGCUAUAUGAUGAUUCUCUAUGAGAUAUCAAAUAUCUAAUUCAAACAUUUUAACUUGUCUCUAGUGCCGAAUAGUGAAAAUGAAGAUUCGUCAUAUCGACCUGAUUGCUUGUUUCAGACCGAAUAUUCGAAAUUGCUCAACACUUGCUAGAGGGGGAGGAGGCCACGAGAAUCAAAAUCAGAACCUUACUAGAAUGAAAUGAUACAUACUUUAACAGAGAUAAAACUCAUUAUUUCUCUGACUACACACAAACUUGAUGAGAUUUCUUCCGAAAAUCAUAUGUAGUAGAAGGAUCGGCCACUAAACUUAUAAGUUGGUGAAUAUCUCACUAAAUCACCAAUGUGAAAUCAUGAGUGCAUUUCCUCACCAAAAAACUACUUGUAUAUGCUUAUGCCUUGUUUAAUUCUAAGAGUAUUUAAGUAUGGAUAAGUCUUGUAUAAAUUUAAUUCACAUUAAAAUAUUAUACAUAUUUUCGUUUUAAAGAAUAGAGCAGUUGAUUUAAAUAAAAAAUAAAGAAAUUUUAGCAGAGAUACACAAUAUUUAAGUCUGGACUAAAUUC